AUGGAAGAAACCACCAACUUUUCAUCAGGAAAAAGGUGUGCUGUAGUUACCGGGGCAAACAAAGGAAUCGGACUAGAGAUAUGUCGCCAGUUAGCAUCCAAUGGAAUUAAAGUCAUAUCAACUGCUAGGGAUGAGAAGAGGGGUGUUGAAGCUGUUGGAAAACUCAAAGCUUCUGGGCUCUUAGAUGUUGUUUUUCAUCAACUUGAUGUAAAAGAUCCUGACAGCAUUGCUUCUUUGGCAAAAUUUGUAGAAACCAAUUUCGGAAAACUCGAUAUUCUGGUAAAUGAUGAGAAUGCUCAUUUGGUGAAUAGAGUCAUGCAGCAGAGUUACGAAAAGGCAGAAGCAUGCAUUAGAACAAAUUAUUAUGGAACUAAAAGUAUGACUGAAGCUUUUCUUCCUCUCCUUCAGCUCUCUAACUCAGCAAGAAUAGUAAAUGUCUCGUCUAUUUACGGACAGCUACAGUUUAUUUACAAUGAUAUGGUCAAAGCAGAGCUGGAAAAUCUUGAAAGCUUGACAGAGGAGAAAAUAGAUCAGCUUUUGUUGAUGUUUCUGAAGGAUUUCGAGGAGGAUAAGUUGCAAGCUAAUGGUUGGCCUCUUACAGUAUCUGCGUAUAAAGUUUCAAAAGCUGUCAUCAACGCCUAUACAAGACUGGUAGCAAAGAAAUUCCCUAAUAUUCUUGUCAAUUGUGUGCAUCCCGGACUUGUGAAAACAGACAUUUCAAGCAACUACGGAAAUUUGAGUCCUGAAGAAGGUGCUAGAGCUCCUGUAAUGCUGGCUUUGUUGCCUGAUGAUGGCCCUUCUGGCCUCUACUUCUACGAGAUGCAUGUGUCCGCUUUUUGACAGUCAUAAAUAUCUGAGUUUCAGAACAUGCUUAUUGCUACAUCGAACUUCUCUGUUGUCUUUUGCAAAAGAUUGCACAAUCCGAAGGCAUUUGGAAUCAUCAUAUAGUACUUGCCUUUCUUUCAAAUUCAAAGUUUCAACCGAUCUUAAUUUCUAACAAGCAAUGAAGUAUAGAUGUCAUGAAAGAAGAUUGUAUUCAGUACUCAAUGCCCAGAACUACAGAAAUUAUAAG